UGCGCCCAGGUGAUAAAGAACGAGCGGCCGGACGGCAUUCUGCUGACCUUCGGGGGCCAGACGGCGCUGAACUGCGGGGUGGCGCUGACCCAGGGCGGGGUGCUGGCCCGGUACCGGGUGCGGGUGCUGGGCACGCCCAUGGCCUCCAUCGAGAUGACGGAGGAUCGCAAGGUCUUCGUGGAGAAGAUGGAGGAGAUCGACGAGCACGUGGCGCCCAGCGAGGCGGCCUCCUCCCUGGAGCAGGCUCAGGCCGCGGCCUCGAGGCUGGGCUACCCGGUGCUGGUGCGCUCGGCCUAUGCCCUCGGGGGUCUGGGCUCCGGCUUCGCCAACAGCCGGGAGGAGCUGACAGCGCUGGUGAGCCAGGCCUUCGCGCACACCUCCCAGGUGCUGGUGGACAAGUCCCUGAAGGGCUGGAAGGAGAUUGAGUACGAGGUGGUGCGGGACGCCUACGACAACUGCAUCACCGUCUGUAACAUGGAGAACCUGGACCCGCUGGGCAUUCACACGGGCGAGUCCAUCGUGGUGGCCCCCAGCCAGACGCUGAACGACCGGGAGUACAACAUGCUACGCCACACGGCCAUCAAGGUGGUCCGGCACCUGGGCAUCGUGGGCGAGUGCAACAUCCAGUACGCGCUGAACCCCGAGUCGGAGCAGUAUUACAUCAUCGAGGUAAACGCCCGGCUCUCACGGAGCUCCGCCUUGGCCAGCAAGGCGACCGGCUACCCGCUGGCCUACGUGGCAGCCAAGCUGGCUCUGGGCAUCCCCCUGCCCGUCCUCAGGAACUCCGUCACCAAUUCCACCACGGCCAACUUUGAGCCCAGCCUGGAUUACUGCGUGGUGAAGAUCCCGCGCUGGGACCUCAGCAAGUUCCUGCGGGUCAGCACCAAGAUCGGCAGCUCCAUGAAGAGUGUGGGGGAGGUCAUGGCCAUCGGGCGGAACUUCGAGGAGGCCUUCCAGAAGGCGCUGCGCAUGGUGGAUGAGAACUGCGUAGGCUUUGACCACACCGUGAAGCCAGCCUCCGACGUGGAGCUGGAAACGCCCACUGACAAACGGAUCUUCGUGCUAGCGGCCGCCCUGCGAGCCGGCUACCCCAUCGAGCGGCUCUACGAGCUGACCAAGAUCGACCGCUGGUUCCUGCACAAGAUGAAGAACAUCACGGACCACGCGGUGCAGCUGGAGUGCUACCGCGAGGGGCAGAGCUCUAUGCCCCCCGACGUGCUCAAGAAAGCCAAGCAGCUGGGCUUCUCCGACAAGCAGGUGGCCUUGGCCGUGCUCAGCACUGAGCUGGCCGUGAGGAAGAUGCGGCACGAUCUGAAGAUCCUGCCCGUGGUGAAGCAGAUCGACACGGUGGCGGCAGAGUGGCCGGCGCAGACCAACUACCUGUACCUGACGUACAACGGGACGGAGCACGACCUGGCCUUCCGCGAGCCCCACGUCAUGGUGAUCGGCUCCGGCGUCUACCGCAUCGGCAGCAGCGUGGAGUUUGACUGGUGCGCCGUGGGCUGCAUCCAGGAGCUGCGCAAGAUGGGCUUCAAGACCAUCAUGGUGAACUACAACCCGGAGACGGUGAGCACCGACUACGACAUGUGCGACCGCCUCUACUUCGACGAGAUCUCCUUCGAGGUGGUGAUGGAUAUCUACGAACUGGAGAGCCCCGAGGGCGUGAUCCUGUCCAUGGGGGGGCAGCUGCCCAACAACAUCGCCAUGGCGCUGCACCGGCAGCAAUGCCGCAUCCUGGGCACCUCCCCCGAGGCCAUCGACUCGGCCGAGAACCGCUUCAAGUUCUCCCGCCUACUGGACACCAUCGGCAUCAGCCAGCCCCUCUGGAAGGAGCUCUCCGACAUGGAGUCGGCCAAGCAGUUCUGCUGCAAGGUGGGCUACCCGUGUGUGGUGCGCCCCUCCUACGUGCUGAGCGGGGCUGCCAUGAACGUGGCCUACUCCGACAGCGACCUGGAGAAGUUCCUGUGCAGCGCCGUGGCCGUGUCCAAGGAGCAGCCCGUCGUCAUUUCCAAGUUCAUCCAGGAGGCCAAGGAGAUCGACGUGGACGCCGUGGCCUGUGAUGGCGCAGUGGUGGCCAUCGCAAUCUCGGAGCAUGUGGAGAACGCGGGCGUGCACUCGGGGGACGCCACGCUGGUGACGCCGCCCCAGGACAUCACGCCCAAGACCCUGGAGCGGAUCCAGGCCAUUGUGCACGCCAUCGGGCAGGAGCUGCUGGUCACGGGGCCCUUCAACCUGCAGCUCAUCGCCAAGGACGACCAGCUGAAGGUCAUCGAGUGCAACGUGCGUGUCUCCCGCUCCUUCCCCUUCGUCUCCAAGACGCUGGGGGUGGACAUGGUGGCCCUGGCCACCCAGGUGAUCAUGGGCGAGGAGGUGGAGUCGGUGGGACUGAUGACAGGCACUGGGAUCGUCGGUGUCAAGGUUCCCCAGUUCUCCUUCUCGCGGCUGGCGGGGGCAGACGUGGUGCUGGGCGUGGAGAUGACCAGCACGGGCGAGGUGGCCUGCUUUGGGGAGAACCGCUGUGAGGCCUACCUGAAAGCCAUGCUGAGCACCGGCUUCAAGAUCCCCAAGAAGAACAUCCUGCUGACCAUCGGCAGCUACAAGAACAAGAGUGAGCUGCUGCCCACAGUGCGCACCCUGGAGAGCCUGGGCUACAACCUGUACGCCAGCCUGGGCACUGCCGACUUCUACACCGAGCACGGCAUCCAG